CUGUCCCCAGACCCCCCUUUUCAAUGCUGCCUCAUAGGCAGCUCCAAAUUCCCCAAUAUAUGUAAGCGUCCAAUUUAUGCUUGAUUUUCCUUUUUUUUAAUCUUGGAGAAGUUCCACCUGUGGAUAUUAUGGAUAAAAAGACAAGGCUGUGAGUGAUCCAAGUGACAAUGGAAUAAUUUACUGCCUGGGACGCUUUUUCCUAUGAACGUGGAUUCAGACUGGAUUUACUGAAGCUGUCACAAGUUAGUUCUUCAUGAGGAGGCUUUGUUCCCAGUACAAAGUAUCCUACCUAAGAUAGUCUACACAUCACCAUGGCUGAAGGAGCCAAAUCUGCCUCCCGCACUGCAGCCACUGGGUCCAGCGAUGCAGCAGCAGCACCGCAGACGAGCUCUCUCAGAUCCAAAGCUCUGGGGUUGCUCAGGAAGGUCAAAAUGUCUGUUGAAUUGCUGAUUGCCCUGGCUGCUCUCUUGUCCUGGCUGGUUGUAGGUGUGGUGAUGUUUGACUUUGUAGAGUACAAAGCGGUCCCUGACAUCCAGCAAAUCAUAACGGACCCUGUUCAGGCUGUAAAUGACGCCGCUGAUGAGAUGUCCAAUCUGUUCAAUAAGUUUCAAGAAUGUGCGCCAGAUUUAAGUGACCCGGUGUCAGUUGCCAGAUACACAGCUGAGGAAAUAUCAGAAGCCAAAGAUGAGUUUGUUCGUUACUUUUCGGAUGAGGAAGGGAAUUUCUACCUGAGCUACAUUGACCCCGUGAUCAUUGGUAGACAAGCUUUCCAUUCAACUAAUGACUUCAUAUGUGGAGCAAUGGGCUCCUUCAGGGAAACACUGUGUGCUGUUGUGGAUACUAUAUUAGAAACCAUACUGGAUAUAAAAAAAGGAAAAAUUGAUCUUAGCUACAUUGACCCUGUAAUAAUAGGCAGAGAUGUGUUUAAUGUUACUAAUAAAUUCAUGUGUGGAGCGGUGGGCUACAUCCAGGGUGUGCUCUGUUCCAUACUGGACACUACACUGGAUGUAGUGAAAGGAACUGUCGACAUUAGCUUCAUGGAUCCUGUGGUAAUUGGCAGAAAUAUCUUCCAUGUCACAAAUGACACAGUGAGUGGAAUAGUGGGCUACAUCCAGGACAUGCUCUGUGCCAUCGUAGACACUAUACUGGAUAUAUUCAAAGGUACAGGAACCAUUGACCUUAGCUUCAUUGACCCUGUCAUUACUGGCAGAAGUGCCUUCACUGUUGUUAAUGACUUUGUGAGUGGAAUAGCAGGAUACAUCCAGGGCGUGCUCUGCGCAGUCUUGGAUGUGGUUCUGGAUACAUUAAAAGAUAUCCAGCAUGCCUUGGGAUUUAGCCCCAUGUCAGCUUUGAAGUCAGCAGUAGAAAUAACCAAAGAACAGACAAACCUCCUCAUGAGCUAUGUCUCCUCAACGCUGAUUGGUGAAAAAGGAAUCAUGCCUGAAGUGUCUCUUGACCCAAUGAAAGUUGUUGAAGAUGCUAUGCUGGAGUUCACCGACAAGAAGGAUUUGUUCUUAGCUUACAUGUCAAGCAUGCUUGUUGGUGAUCAGGGUGAACCUGUCACCACUCCAGUUGUAAAUGUAGUAACAGAAAAAGAUGAAGCUGUACCUUCCCCAUCUGAUAUCAAUUUAGUAAGAAGGAAAGGAAAAUUUAUGCCUCCACUGGAAAAAGAUCUCAAAGCUGCAGAACUUGAGAUGGAGGAGCAAAAAGCCAAGGAAGCCAAAGUUGUUGAAACUGUAGAGAUAAAACCAAAAGAAGUAAAACUAAAGGACAAGCCCAAAGCUGACACAACACCCCUUAAAAUGAAACAAAAGAGGGACAAAGAAGAAGAGCCAGUGAAGAAGCUGCUCAGAGAAGAUGUGAAAGAACUGCCCAAAGAAAAGAAAAAAGUAAAGAAACCUAAAGAUGAGAGGGAAGUGAAAAAGCCUCCCAAAGAAAAGGAAGAGGUAAAGAAACCACUUCAUGAAGAGGUCAAAGCAACAAAACCACCAAAGAAAGAAAAAGAACUCAAGAAGCCCUCUAAAGAAAAGAAAAGGGAGAAGCCAGUCAUAGAAGAGGAAGAAGUCAGGAAACCUUCCAAAGAACAAAAAGAGAUCAAGAAACCACCUAAAAAAGAGAAAGAAGAAACAAAACCUUCAAAGGAAGUUAAAGUGGAAAAGGAACCAAUUAAACAAAAGAGGGAAUUCAAGAAACCACCCAAGGAAGAGAAAGAGGUCAGAAAACCAGCAAAAAUGGAGAGAGAAGUAAAGAAACCUCGAAUGGAGGAGAAAAAAACCAAGACACCACCUGUAGAAAAGAAAGAAGUCACCCGACCUCCAAAAGCAGAGACGAAACCUCUCAAAGAAAAGAAGGAAGAGAAGAAACCUCUCAAAGAUGAGAAAGCUGAGAAGAAACCUCUCAAAGAAAAGAAGGAAGAGAAGAAACCUCUCAAAGAUGAGAAAGCUGAGAAGAAACCUCUCAAAGAAAAGAAGGAAGAGAAGAAACCUCUCAAAGAUGAGAAAGCUGAGAAGAAACCUCUCAAAGAAGAGAAAGAAGAGAAGAAACAUCUCAUAGAAGAGAAAGCUGAGAAGAAACAUCUCAAAGAAAAGAAGGAAGAGAAGAAACCUCUCAAAGAAGAGAAAAAGGAAGAGAAGAAACAUCUCAUAGAAGAGAAAGCUGAGAAGAAACCUCUUAAAGAAGAGAAAGCUGAGAAGAAACCUCUCAAAGAAAACAAGGAAGAGAAGAAACAUCUCAAAGAAGAGAAAGCUGAGAAGAAACCUUUCAAAGAAGAGAAAGAGGAGAAGAAACCUCUUAAAGAAGAGAAGAAACCUCUUAAAGAAGAGAAAGCUGAGAAGAAACCUCUUAAAGAAGAGAAAGCUGAGAAGAAACCUCUCAAAGAAGAGAAAGAAGAGAAGAAACCUCUUAAAGAAGAGAAAGAGGAGAAGAAACCUCUAAAAGAAGAGAAAGAGGAGAAGAAAACUCUUAAAGAAGAGAAGAAACCUCUUAAAGAAGAGAAAGCUGAGAAGAAACCUCUCAAAGAAGAGAAAGAAGAGAAGAAACCUCUUAAAGAAGAGAAAGAGGAGAAGAAAACUCUUAAAGAAGAGAAAGAGGAGAAGAAAACUCUUAAAGAAGAGAAGAAACCUCUUAAAGAAGAGAAAGCUGAAAAGAAACCUCUUAAAGAAGAGAAAGCUGAGAAGAAACCUCUCAAAGAAGAGAAAGAAGAGAAGAAACCUCUUAAAGAAGAGAAAGCUGAGAAGAAACCUCUCAAAGAGGAGAAAUCUGAGAAGAAACCUCUCAAAGAAAAGAAGAAAGAGAAGAAACAUCUCAUAGAAGAGAAAGCUGAGAAGAAACCUCUUAAAGAAGAGAAGGCUGAGAAGAAACCUCUGAAGGAAGAGAAGGCUGAGAAGAAACCUCUCAAAGAAAAGAAGGAUGAAAAGAAACAUCUCACAGAAGAGAAAGCCGAGAAGAAACCUCUCAAAGAAGAGAAACAUGAGAAGAAACCUCUUAAGGAAGAGAAAUCUGAGAAGAAAACUCCCAAAGAGGAGAAAGCUGAGAAGAAACCUGCCAAAGAAGAGAAAGCUGAAAAGAAACAUCUCAUAGAAGAGAAGAAAGCUGAGAAGAAACCUCUUAAAGAAGAGAAGAAACCUCCUGAAGAAGAGAAAGCUGAGAAGAAACCUCUUAAAGAAGAGAAGAAACCUCCCAAAGAAGAGAAAGCUGAGAAGCAACCUCUCAAAGAAGAGAAAGCUGAGAAGAAACCUCUUAAGGAAGAGAAGGCUGAGAAGAAACCUCCCAAAGAAGUAAAAGAAGAGAAGGAACCUCCCAAAGAAGAGAAAGCUGAGAAGAAACCUCUUAUGGAAGAGAAGGCUGACAAGAAACCUCCCAAAGAAGAGAAAGAACCUCCCAAAGAAGAGAAAGCUGACAAGAAACCUCCCAAAGAAGAAAAAGAAGAGAAGAAACCUCACAAAGAAGCGAAGAAACCUCCCAAAGAAGAAAAAGAAGCGAAGAAACCUCCCAAAGAAGAAAAAGAAGCGAAGAAACCUCCCAAAGAAGAGAAGGCUGACAAGAAACCUCUCAAAAAGGAGAAAGCUGAGAAGAAACCUCUUAAGGAAGAGAAGGCUGAGACGAAACCUCUCAAAGUAGAGAAAGAAGAGAAGGCUGAGAAGAAACCUCCCAAAAAAGCUGAGAAGAAACCUCCCAAAGAAGAAAAGGAGGAGAAGAAACCUCUCAAAGAAGAGAAAGCUGAGAAGAAACCUCCCAAAGAAGAAAAGGCAGAGAAGAAACCUCUCAAAGAAGAUAAAGAAGUUAAAAAACCUCUCAAAGAAGAAAAGGAAGAGGUGAAACCUAUAAUAAAACCUAUAGAAGUAAAAGAAACCAUUCAACCUCCAAAAGAGAAGAAACCACCAGCAAAAAUUUCUAAAGAGGUGAAAGAGGAGAUAAAGAAAGAGAGACCUUCUAAGGAAAGGGCAGUACCAAAGGAGGAAAAACAAGAGCGACUUUCCAAAGAAAUUAAAGAACCAGCAAAACUUUCUAGAGAGGGUGAAAAAGAACCAAAGAAGCCUACCAAAGAAGAAAGAGAACCAACAAAGCUCUCUAAAGAACUUGUCCAAGAGAAACCUUAUAAAGAAAAGAAAGAGGAGAUUCACAAAUUAGAAAAAGAACUUAAAAAGCUUCCCAAAGAAGACAUAGAACCUGUGAAGAAAAGAGUCACAAAGACAGAGGCCAAAAUCCCUGUAAGAGGAAUUAAAGUAGUCAAGAAGGAGGUUGCAUCUGUCCUUAAGAAGGAACAUCUCAAUGUUACAAAAGCAGAAGCAGCUCCCAAGGAGCCCAAGAAGGAGCCAGCGCUAAAAAUAAAGUCUAAACCUAUAAAACCAGAUACUGAUGCAGCGAAGGAGAAAAUAACCCCUUUUAAGAAGGAUGCUGAGGUUACUAAGGAAAAAGUAAAACAAGCUCCUUCAGAGAAGGAAGCACCAAAGAAAAAGGCUAAAGCACCUCCUGCAAAGAAAGAAGCUGCUGCUCCAAAAGAAAAGGCCAAACCAGUCAUCUUGAAAAAAGAACAAGAAGGAACUGCUAGAAAUGCCUCACUGGUGAAAGAGAGGGUUAAAAUUGUGCCCAUAAAGAAAGUGGUCAAGGUGCCAGAAGAGAAAAUCAGAGCUGUCUCUACAAAGACAACUGAGGUUUCAAAACAGAAGCUCAAGCCAAUUCUAACCAAGAGAGAGGCAGAAGUGCCACAUAGAAAUGUUACUCUAACAAAGGAGAAGGUGAAGGUGGUGCCACUGAAGAAAGUGCCUGUGACACUGAAAGAAAGAGUCAAACCAGAACCAACCAAAAAAGCUGAGGUUUCAAAACAGAAGCUCAAGCCAGUUCUAACCAAGAGAGAACCAGCUCCAAUUAAGACUAAACCAGCACCAGUUAAAGAGGCAGAAGUACCACAUAAAAAUGUUACUCUAACAAAGGAGAAGGUGAAGGUGGUGCCACUGAAGAAAGUGCCUGUGACCCCAAAAGAAAGAAUCAAACCAGAACCAACCAAAAAAGCUGAGGUUUCAAAAGAGAAGCUCAAGCCAGUUCUAACCAAGAGAGAACCAGCUCCAAUUAAGACUAAACCAGCACCAGUUAAAGAGGCAGAAGUACCACAUAAAAACGUUACUCUAACAAAGGAGAAGGUGAAGGUGGUGCCACUGAAGAAAGUGCCUGUGACACUGAAAGAAAGAAUCAAACCAGAACCAACCAAAAAAGCUGAGGUUUCAAAACAGAAGCUCAAGCCAGUUCUAACCAAGAGAGAACCAGCUCCAAUUAAGACUAAACCAGCACCAGUUAAAGAGGCAGAAGUACCACAUAAAAAUGUUACUCUAACAAAGGAGAAGGUGAAGGUGGUGCCACUGAAGAAAGUGCCUGUGACACUGAAAGAAAGAGUCAAACCAGAACCAACCAAAAAAGAACCUGAGGUUCUUAAAAAGAAGGCGGCUGAGCCAGUGAGUCACAAAAAAGAAGCUGAGGCCAAGCCGGUCCCUGCCAAAAAAGAACCAGAGGUUAUAAAGGAAAAAUUGAAACCAGCUCUUGAAAAGAAAGCUCCUAAAGCAGAGCCUGAAGCAAAGAAGGACAAGAUUAAAUCACUUUUAAAGACAAAAGAACUGGAAACUCCUAAAGAAAAGUACAAACCUGUUGCAGCAAAGAAGGCCAUUUUGAGGGAAAAGACCAAACCAAUCCACGUGAAGAAAGAGCCUCAUGUUUUAAAAGAAAAGAGCAAGCCCACUGCAGUAAAGAAAGAAGACAGGGUUCUCAAGGAGAUACAGGAGUCUGCAAAGAAAGGAAAAACUGUCGAGAAGAAAGCUGACAAGGAGGAGAAAGUUAAAGUGGAGCCUUCUCUAUCAGACAGCUUUCUUAUGGAAGAUGAGCUGCCCUAUUUUCAGUGCUUCUUCGUGGAUGAGGACGAGGCCCAGUUUCCAUUUUACGCCUUCUCGCCGCUGCAGAUUUGACACUUCAAUCUGUAGUCUGAUGUUUACAAUUUAGUCAAAUUACUGAUAAGGACAAGGUCACCUCACACCCUGCGCUGCUGAAACAUGGGUGCUGCUGUUCGCCUUCAGCAGAAAACCCUGCACAGCAGGGGAUGAUGGGUUAUUUUAUGAGAUGGACCGUUACUUUUUUUUUUCCAGAAUUGGUUGAGCUCUCAUACCAAAUACAUGCAGUCAGUGUCAUUCCUUUUUUUUUUAAUUUUUGUUUUAUGUAUUUACUUCCUUUGAAUAUUUUAAAUGGAACAGUCUACUUUAUUGACUUAUGUGGAUUAAAACCCUUACAUAUUUAUAGUUUAUUUUCUUAUAAUAGGUCCAGAAGUGGCUACAAAGUCUAGAAUAAGUUACACUAUGAGGUUAAAAGGGUACACAAUUGUCACAGUUGCUACUCCAAGACAGACAGGAAUUAAGUUCCUCUUAGCCCACAUUUACUUGAAAAGUGGUUUGUAUAGUAAUUGUACAUUUGUGCGGCUUCUUUUUUUACCACAUGGUAAAUGGCUGGAAAUUUAUAGCGCUUGUUCAUGAUUCUCUCUCAGUUUCCUGUUUUUCUUCUCAAAUGGGGACACAAAGGAUAUCACAUUAAUGAAUGCAAUUUUUUUUUUUUGUCUUUUAUUUUCUUUUUAUGCAUCCAAAGGAAUGACCACGCACUGUAUAUGAGAGCUCCCAAACUUACUGAUGGAACAGUACCUGAAAGGUGUAAAGUCUUAUCAAAUCGUACCAUCUGGAUAUCUGCACCAGCUCCUUAUUUUGAUGCUGGUGUUAAUAACGAGAACAGUCGCCUGAACUCUCAGAGUGAGGUUUGAGUUCAAUUGGAUUUCUUUUUUUGAUUGUUUCACUCAAUCAAAAACAUCAAUAAAUCAAGUAUCAGAUUAAUUCUGUAAUUCCUUGACUGACCAAAAACACACUGUUGCUGACUUUGGUCGCUACUGUUGCACUGUGUGCACAAAGUAGAAACUUGACAUGUUUUAGAAACCUAUUGAGCAGUUUCUUAUAAAAAGAAAGCAAGUAAUAUAGCCUAAAUAUUCUACAGGCAUAUUAAUGACUAUUGUAUAAGGACAACUCAGAUUUAUGCUGCUAAAAUGCAGCAAAAUACAAACAAGAUUUCUGUUAUCUGAACUGUUAUCUGUUAUCUCUACUUGAUAAACUCUAAUGACGUAAAAGCAAUGUUGGUGUAGCCUCUGUAAAGUCUAAUGUCAAACUUUACAUUGUUGAUUAUACUGGCACAUCAUGUGAUCACACUGUAAGUCCCUACAAAGGGUGUCACAUGUUUGGGCAGAUGAUCUCAGAUGUAAAACAUUUCUCAUAGCAGCUACGUAUAGUUUGUUGUAUUUGCUCCAUAUAUUGCACAGAGGGAAGUUAUUACAGCUUGUGGCACUAAUGCUGGAGCUAUUUAAGUGUAAAUCUGUUUAUCUCUUAAAUUAAAGUAAUAACACUGCUCUCUUUGCCAGUCCAGGGAUGAUGAAAGCAAACCCUCUGCAGCGCUCGGUGAGCUCAGAGACUUAUGGCAGUGCUUCAGUGUCACUGAUGAAGUUGUGGACACUUUGUUCCAAAAUUUAUUUGAUUUUUAUUAUUAUCAUUAUUCACGGUGACAAAAUCUAAAUGUAUAUAAAUGCCUCACAUUUAGCAGGUAAAUAAGUGCAAUACUCAGAGUCGAGAUCAAGGCACAUUAUAUUUGUCUGAUAGUCUUUUAAUGAAGUAUGCAUGAUGUGUGUGCUUUUGUUUUAUGCUCUUAAAUGUUUUUAUGUGAAAUUGUCCCCGACAGUGUAAACACUUGAACACAGGAAUCAGUGACUUUGGUACCAAAAGCUGACAUGUGUCUCUGUAUGGUGUUGGUAACUUCAUACAAGUUGUGUUAAAAAGAUCUUGAUGUAAAUAGUUGAAUAUAUAGAAAAACAGAUUGUUUUAUCCAUGAUUCAUUAUUCCUGAAACUGCUCUUUGUCUGCAGUAAAACCAUAAUAUGUAUCAUUUGUCACUUAAACCCUUGUGAA